CGCGCGCAGGCGCUAGCUGCCCGCCUCGCUCGGAGUCGAUUUGGAAAGUGCGCACGCGCGGGAGUUUCUGGCAGAAAGCAGACGAGCCCGGGCCGGCGCGGGGCCUUGUGGGAGGGCUUAAGGAAGUAAAAUGGCGGACCUGGCGAACGAAGAAAAGCCUGCCAUUGCUCCGCCCGUCUUUGUGUUUCAGAAGGAGAAAGGACAAAAGUCCUCUGCAGAGCAAAAAGACUUGUCGGAUUCGGGAGAGGAGCCUCGGGGGGAGGCUGAGGCCCCCCACCAUGGCACGGGUCAGCCCGAGUCAGCUGGUGAGCAUGCCCUAGAGCUUCCUGCCCCCGCUAGCGCUUUGGCCCGCGCGCCCGAAGCCCAGCUUCUUCCUUUUCCACGAGAACUGGCAGGGAGGUCAGCAGGCGGCUCCAGCCCCGAAGGUGGAGAAGAUUCUGACCGAGAAGAUGGAAAUUACUGCCCUCCGGUCAAGCGAGAAAGAACAUCCUCUUUAACACAGUUCCCGCCGUCACAGUCAGUAUCCAAAAACAAUGUUUUUAUGCCAUCCACCUUCUGCGAACCAUCUGCAGGCAACUCUGACUCAGAACCAGAGGAAAAGAGCAGUGGGUUCCGGUUGAAGCCACCGACGCUGAUCCACGGCCAGGCCCCCAGUGCAGGUCUGCCGAGCCAAAAGCCCAAGGAGCAGCAGCGCAGCGUGCUUCGCCCGGCGGUGUUACAGGCCCCGCAGCCAAAGGCGCUCUCACAGACAGUCCCGAGCAGCGGCACCAACGGGGUCAGCAUCCCAGCAGACUGCACGGGGGCAGCAACAUCAGCCUUGCCUGACAACCCAGCCCGGAGAAGUCCAUCUGAUGAGGCGCCAGCACUUGAGAAGUCCCAGAGAAAUGAGUCUAGCAGUGCUUCCGAGGAGGAGAACUGUGAGAAGAAAGAGCAGGGAGCCCAGCAGGCAUUCGUGUUUGGGCAGAACUUGAGGGACAGAGUGAAGUUGAUCAAUGAGAACACUGAAGUGGCAGACAUGGAGAACGCCGGACACCCCAGUUCAGAGACGCCUGCUGCGACCAACUACUUCCUUCAGUACAUCAGCUCCAGUUUAGAGAAUGCAACCAACAGUGCCGAUGCCGCCAGCAGCAAAUUCGUGUUUGGCCAGAACAUGAGUGAGCGCGUGCUGAGCCCGCCCAAGUUAAAUGAGCUCAGCUCAGACGCCAACAGAGAAAACACAGCGGCAGAGUCCGGCUCCGAGUCCUCGUCCCAGGAGGCCACCCCUGAGAAAGCUAAUCACAUUGCAGAGUCCCUGGCCGAGUCGGCAGCUGCCUACACCAAGGCGACGGCGCGGAAGUGCCUGCUGGAGAAGGUGGAGGUCAUCACCGGGGAGGAGGCUGAGAGCAACGUGCUGCAGAUCCAAUGUAAGCUGUUUGUCUUUGACAAGACCUCACAGUCGUGGGUGGAAAGAGGCCGGGGGCUACUCAGACUCAACGACAUGGCGUCCACUGACGACGGGACGUUGCAGUCCCGACUAGUGAUGCGGACCCAGGGCAGCCUGCGACUGAUCCUCAACACCAAGCUGUGGGCCCAGAUGCAGAUGGACAAGGCCAGCGAGAAGAGCAUCCGCAUCACGGCCAUGGACACUGAGGACCAGGGUGUGAAGGUCUUCCUGAUCUCGGCCAGCUCCAAGGACACCGGCCAGCUCUACGCGGCGCUGCACCACCGCAUCCUGGCCCUGCGCAGCCGCGUGGAGCAGGAGCAGGAGGCCAAGGCACCGGCCCCCGAGCCUGGGGCCGCCCCAUCCAACGAGGACGACAGUGAUGACGACGACGUGCUGACCCCGUCGGGGGCCCCCGCAGGCGGCGCCGGCGAUGAAGGCGAUGGGCAGACGGCCGGGAGCACAUAGCGCCAGGAGCCAGCCGCCGCGAGCCUGCUGCUUUGUCCGUCUGUCUGCCCGCCCGCCCCACCCCCGGCAGCAUCGAGGCACGGGGCUCGGGAACCACACUCCCCGCUGGGUUGGCCACAGUCUGGAUCCGCACGUCCCGUUCAGAAGCAGACUCGGGAACUGCCUGAAUGUGGUUUGGGACACGAACCUCAUCAUAUUGAUGAGCAAAACGAAAAAGAACAUUUCUUCCCUCCCCACCUUGAAUUGAAAUGGCACAUUAAGACUUGUCACGGCUCCUCACUGGGACUGGGACACCUCGUUCUUCACCCCGCCCUCCCUGUGUCGCCGGCUCCCCCGCCGCCUGCCCAGGCCGCCGGGCGUCUCACAGUGUAACACUGGGCCUGCCGGACCGUCUGUCACCACCAUCUUUACCUCCCGCCCCCACCUUCUGACUUGGGGGUUUUAUUUUUAGAUCUUUUCUGCCCCCAAGGCUUUGUGUUGGUCUCCUAGGUCGAGUGAGGCAAUUCUGUGUGUCGAGCAGGCGUGGCUGCACUGUGGGCUGCACCCUGGUUCCCCCUGUGACCCCCACCCCCACGCUGGGGCGCUCAGGACUGCUCGAGCGCCAGCCCCAUGGGUUCCCCACCUGGGGUUCCUCCAGGCUGAGUCCUGGGGUGCGGACAGGUUGGGCCUUGGGCCUGGAGAGCUCAUCUAGAAAAGGGUCACUGGACAUGGUUGGGGGGGGGUGGGCACCAUCCUCCUAUUUGUCCCCGUGACAUGGGUCACCCAUCCUCGGGUGCCCAGGUGCAAGCCUGCUUCCUGCCCUUGGCCAUUUCUCACCAGGCCCUGGACGUCUCUGCCCCCAAGACUGUCGAGGGCUGGGGGCCUUCAAAGAGGGGGCAGCAAGCAGAGCGGUUUUCAGACAGCAGGCAGAACCCGUGCUUGCAGCACACACAGGAGCGUGCCCUCUGCUUGCCCCACCCCGGAGCAUGGCCAAGAGCAGCUGGGCACUGCCUCCCCCCACAUCAGGGCUCGCAGAGGAGGUCUCUGUGCACAGGGCGCCAGGGCUUCACAGGAAACCUCCCAGCCGCCCUGACAGGGUGAGGAGGGGCCGUCUGAGCCACGCCACCCGCGCCCCGGGUGGCCCUGCAGCCCGCGCCUGAGCCUCGGGACGUCACCAAAGGCCCCCCCAGCAGAUCCGGUUACACUUCUCUGCUUUAAGCCUUAGUCAGCUAGUGACAAGUAAAACCAGAUAAUGCCCACGUGUUUUGAAACAUUUAUGUAAGAUUGUCAUAUGAAAUGUAUUUGGGAACUACAUUAAAACUUUUAACUAAAA